AUGGCAGUCAGACUGUGUGAUGUGGCUUCUCUGCUUAGAAGUGGCGCGUGGCCAUCCGAGCCUUGGACCGGGGUGCUCGCCACCAUGGAAAACCAGCUGUCCAACGGGCCCGCCAACAUCUCCAACGACUGUUCUUCACCGGCGGAGUCGGGCGGGGUGGAGGAGAGCAAAACCAACCUUAUCGUAAACUACCUGCCUCAGAGCAUGAACCAGGAUGAGCUCAAGAGCUUGUUCGGCAGCAUCGGCGAAAUCGAGUCCUGCAAACUCGUACGGGACAAAAUAACAGGGCAGAGCCUCGGGUACGGAUUUGUCAACUAUGCGGACGCCAAGGAUGCGGAAAAAGCAGUCAACACCUUAAACGGAUUGAGACUCCAGACCAAGACCAUCAAGGUGUCAAAUGCGCGCCCGAGCUCGGCCUCCAUCCGAGACGCAAAUUUGUAUGUCAGUGGCUUACCAAAGACCAUGACUCAGACAGAGCUGGAGCAGCUCUUCUCGCAGUACGGCCGCAUCAUUACUUCGCGCAUUCUGGUCAACCAGGUGACCGGUCUCUCCAGAGGCGUGGGCUUCAUCCGCUUCGACCGGCGGGCGGAGGCCGAGGAGGCCAUCAAAGGCCUCCACUGUCAGAAGCCGCCCGGCGCCGCCGAACCCAUCACGGUCAAGUUUGCAAACAACCCCAGCCAGAAGAGCAGUCAGGCGUUGCUGUCCCAAAUGUACCAAUCGCCCAAUCGAAGGUACCCGGGAACGCUCGCACAGCAGGCACGCUUCAGAUUGGAUAACCUGCUGAACAUGGCUUACGGUGUUAAAAGCAGAUUCUCGCCCGUGGCCAUCGACGGAGUGAACAGCCUGGCCGGCAUCAAUCUCCCGAGCGCCAACGCCUGGUGCAUCUUCGUCUACAACCUGGCCCCCGACGCCGACGAGAGCAUCCUGUGGCAAAUGUUCGGUCCCUUCGGCGCGGUGACCAACGUCAAGGUCAUCCGCGACUUCAACACCAACAAGUGCAAAGGCUUCGGCUUCGUCACCAUGACCAACUACGACGAGGCGGCCGUCGCCAUCGGCAGCCUGAACGGCUACCGCCUGGGCAACCGCGUACUGCAAGUUUCUUUCAAGACCAACAAAGCCCCAAAAGCGUAA